AUGAUGCGGGUUUUCACUAGACGGAAAAUAUUCCUCUGCAAUAUUUUAUCAGUAUUUUUUUGUUUCCAAUGUGUUUUCUGUGAUAUUAGUAUUACCCCACAUGACUUAACAAUAAAAUUGAAUGAAAUUGACACAUUUUAUCUCAAUAUCAGCAAUAUAAGUGAGCCGUCGAAUAUCACGAAAGCAACACUGCAACUCAUCAUACAGCAUGAUGAUAUACUCAGCUUGACUGAACCUGCUGUCGAUAUUAUCAAUAUAACAAAUAAUUUGCAACUGCCCAUAAAUGUAACAGCAAUAGGAGCAGGACAUUGUGAAAUUUAUGGCAAUAUUUCAGAUCCAAUUUACAAAAAUUUUACUAGCGAGGCAUACUUGAGGGUUACUGUAUAUAAAAAUGCAGGUUUGGACACAUUUUCCGCAGUGAUAGGCUGGAUCUACUUUGUAGCUUGGUCUGUCUCGUUCUAUCCACAGAUAUAUAUCAACUGGAAGAGAAAAAGUGUUGUAGGAUUAAAUUUUGAUUUUAUUAUACUAAAUGUAAUUGGAUUUACGUUAUAUUCCAUAUUCAACCUGGGACUGUAUUUCAUAACGGAAAUAAAGACUGAAUAUUCGGAAAGAUACCCCAGAGGCCUCAACCCAGUGAAAGUAAAUGACAUAGUAUUCGCAGUACAUGCUACCAUCGCCACCAUAUUAACCAUAAUCCAGUGUUUUCUGUAUGAAAAACAGGAACAGAGGGUGUCUAUCACUGCCCGCUGCAUUGUUGCAGUGUUUGGAGUGUUCAUUGGAAUCAGUAUUAUAUUAGCAGGUGUUAAUGUUAUCCAUUGGUUGGAUUUCCUAUACUAUUGUUCCUAUGUCAAACUUACGAUCACUUUAAUAAAGUAUAUUCCUCAGGCCUACAUGAAUUAUAAAAGGAAAAGUACAGUGGGAUGGAGUAUAGGCAACAUUUUCUUAGAUUUCACUGGAGGAUCAUUGAGUAUGCUACAAAUGAUUCUUGAUUCCUAUAAUUAUGAUGACUGGGUGUCUAUUUUCGGAGAUCCAACCAAAUUUGGAUUAGGACUAUUCUCUGUGGCUUUCGAUAUAUUUUUCAUCAUUCAGCAUUAUAUACUUUAUAGGCAUUCAAAUUAUGAAGAGAACUAG